CUGAACGUAUCUCUCUCUCCCUCCAAAAUCCUUAUUAGUCCCACCCACCCCCUUCUUUUUAAGACUGGCCUUUUAAUCCCCCCUUUCUUUAUACAUAUAUAAAAGAAGGGCAAACCAUACUACUCCGAGGAAAGGGAUUCAAAAGGGGGACUCACUGGUAUGUGACUGAGGAAACUUCAUUCCCAGAUCUUUCGUCACUUCUUUCCCCGACGGCAAAAAUACUAAUAAAAGGAGUUUUUUUUUUUUUUUUUAAAUACGCGACAACUUUGCCGCAGUGUACUGGAUGGAGUGACGGGGAAGAGAGAGUGAGAGGAAGUUUUUUUUUUCAAGUGUUUUCUUAAUUUUUUUUUUGAGUAGAUGGUAGUACUCAUACUUUUGUGGCCUGGAAGAAGAAGGAGGUGAGGUGUCAAGUAUGGAGGAGCACUUACCGUAAGUCUAUAGAGGUGGAUUAUUAAUUUGAUCCGAGAGCGGAAAUCGUGUUGAGGAAGAGAAAGAGAGAGAAAGAGAGCAUAAUAAGAAAGGGAGGCGAGGAGUGAGAGUGUGUUAGGAGAGAGAGAGAGAGAGAGUGAGAGGGGGAUAAAUAAAAACAACUGAGCAACCGAAGAUUAAGAAUAUCCUGGAAAAUGUUCCGUGGCCGAUUUCGCCCCGAAGGAAAAGUUCGUAAUUGGUAAUUGCCGGUGGUAGAUAGGUGUUUAGUUCCACGGUAAAAAUAAGAGAGAGGCAAAUUAAUAACAGAGAGAUAGAUUGAAAGAGAAAUUAAGAGAGAUUAAUUAAACCUUGGCGAAAGUGAACUAUACUAAGUCUUCCCAAGUUUUUCCCGCCGUGGUGUGAGUGAUUUUGUGAGCGGCAUCUCUUCUCUCGUCACGUCCCAACCCCUUCCUCGAUCUUAUUGUUCGUCUACGACUCUCAUCAUCAUCAACAUCAACAACAACAGCAACAAGAGCUACAGCUUAGAAUACAACACAACUACAAGCGUAGCGUCCGCAAGACAAGAGCAACAUGGGAAAGAAGAACUCUAAGCUAAAACAGGAGACUAUCCAAAAGUUGUGCGAGGAGACUUACUUUACAGACAAAGAGAUCAAACAAUGGCACAAAGGCUUCCUCAAAGAUUGCCCCAACGGACUAUUAACAGAACAGGGAUUCAUCAAGAUCUACAAACAGUUCUUCCCCCAGGGGGACCCCACGAAGUUCGCCUCCCUCGUCUUUCGUGUCUUUGAUGAAAACAACGACGGCUCAAUUGAAUUCGAGGAGUUCAUCCGGGCGCUGUCUAUAACAUCAAGAGGAAACGUAGACGAGAAAUUGCUGUGGGCAUUCCGACUCUACGACGUUGACAACGACGGAUUCAUCACGAGGGACGAGAUGUACAGCAUAGUAGAUGCCAUAUACCAGAUGGUGGGCCAGGCACCAGAAGCCGAGGAUGAGAAUACACCACAAAAGAGGGUGGAUAAAAUCUUCUCACAGAUGGACAAGAACAACGAUGAAAAGCUCACCUUGGAUGAAUUCAAGGAAGGUUCCAAGGCCGAUCCUCGAAUCGUUCAAGCCCUUUCCCUCGGCGACAACUAAAAGAGAAAAAAGCCAAGGCCAGGCGCCGGAAGCAGAUGAUGAUAACGCCCCACAGAAGAGAGUUGACCAGAUCUUCUCCCAGAUGGACAAGAACCACGACGAGAAGUUGACGCUGGAGGAGUUCAAAGAGGGCUCCAAGGCCGACCCGCGGAUCGUCGAAGCGCUUUCUUUAGGAGAUAACUGAUCACCUCUGCUUCUUCUUCUUCUUCUUCUUCUUCUUCUUAUUCUUGGCUUUGUUGUUUGUUUGUACGUCUGGUUUUCCCUUUCAUCCACUCUUAUCUUUUUGCAUUCUCAAGUCAUCGUCUUACUUACUCUCCUCGACCGCCAUCAUCAACGGUGUACAAGAAGAAAUUUGGCAGGUGAAAAUGGCUGUCUGUCUGCGGGCACUACCGCUCUUGAUGGCGGUGGAAGCAUCAGCAACAAUUAUCAUCAUCAGUGUUUCUAUCGUCAUCCCCAACAACAGCAACAGCAACAACAACAGCAGAAAAAACAAGAACAGCAUGAAUAGCAACAACAACCGGACGACAUCCCUCGUCAAAUCACGUGACCUCAACGAGCCUUCAUCAACCAUACCACGUGGCCCCGGCGUCUCUUGCACAAGUGGGACGCGUCUCAAACGAGCCAGCGUCGCCUUCGCUCUGAAGAUCUCACCUUAUUGUCGCUAUUCCAGCAGCCCCCUGGAAGCAUCGCAGAUUUGAUGGUUUUUAUUAGAAUCACCAGACAAACAUCAGUUUUGGAGUCUCGUAAAAAAAUUUUUAAAAAUAAAUAAAAAAUUGUUCUUUACGAUGAAAGUUGUCGCAAUCAAUCCGAGUCGAAGUCUUUGAAAAACAUGAACAAAUCACCGAGUACCAGAACUGAUGUUUAGAGCAAAAAUCUCACUGAAGCUGGCAGGUUCUCAGCUUUCCUCGACUUUAAAAACGUUUCCAUGAUGAUGCGUCUCGAUUUGCAGCCUCAAUAAAAGUUCUCGCGAGUUCUUUGGAAAGCCAAGACCCAUGUCAUGACUCCUGUAACCUUAUAAUAAUAAUAAUAAUACUAAUAAUAAUAAUAAUAGCUCUUGGAUUCUUCUAAGCUAAAGACAUAAGCCAAGUUUUCUUAUGCUCACCAUGUCGAACUUUCGAAGUUUACGGCUCUUUCGAGUCUUGACUCGCAUAUUUUCCUUCCUUCUGGUUCUUUCCUUCCACGUCGCAAGACUUAAAACUUUCAACCGCAGAUAAAUCCAAACAUGGAAGAUGGAAAGAAGCCACAAUGACGAAUACAGAAAGGUCAGACGAAAGAGAGAUUGGCUCCGAUCAGUAGGGUAUGAAAGCCAAAGAUGUGCAUUUACGGGUUGUUUCAUAAUACAAGAUUCAUUGGACAUUUUUCCCUUUUCUUGCGGUCGCUCUUUCGUUUGGAAUUCACCAGUCGCAGUCACGCCUCAGGAUAUAUUAUGAGUUCGUCAGUAACGGUUAAUACUAGAGUAGAUUCACAUCAAGCGUGCAUUUGAUGUCUAGGCCAGUCCCUUACGACGCUCCUGAUUGGCUGUUGAUAAGCCAAUCACACGGAAGGAAACUUUGUCUCUCGAGAGAGUUCACAUAGGCAGGAUGUAUGUCCCAUCUCUCCAGAGGGAUAUUUUUGAAAGACGUAUCCCCCAGGAGAGGUGGAAGAACAUAGAUCCUACCCAUGUGAACUCUCGAGAGAGACAGAGCUUCCAGCCCUGUGAUUGGCUUAUCAACAGCCAAUCAGAAGCGUCGUAAGGGACUGGCCUAGACAUCAAAUGCACGGCUGAUGUGAAUCUACUAUAGUUAAGUCACUCGUAAGCUUGCGUUCCAGAGACAUGUGCUUUAACUUACCGCUAGACCUAUAAAAAGAAAAUAACACUUUUCAGCGAUGUGGACUAACAGAUACUAACCCACAAAUAUUAACCCUUGAGGAACGUCACGAAACAUUUUGUUAAUUGUAACAAAACGAACGAUUCGUAGGGUCUCAACUCUUGCAAGUUGCGUUUUUUUUUUUUUUUUUCCACAACAACUCGUUCAGGAACACGAACGGACGCAUCCUCUGCUCUAGAGUGAGUCGUCCAGCCCGCAUUUCUUUCCAUUCAGAAACUGAGUCAUCCCUCGUAUGUUGCAGAAAGACUUUUAUUGAGAGAGAGAGAGAGAGAGACUGACUUGCAUGUGUACACACACACACACACACACACACACACACUUAAUAAAACAUAAUAUUCAUAUUCCUGUUUGAAAGUGUAGGCAACCAAACUCCAUACGCUGGAGAAUAGCUACGGAAUAACUAACCCACAUGACAUAUAUACGUAUGCAUGUAUGAAUGUUUGCAUGAAUGAUGUAUGCAUCCACGUAAGCAACACAUAGACACAAAAUUACCUCAUAAUCAAAAAUUAUUGCAGGUAAAAAAAAAAUGAAGUCAAUACUCACAGAGUAAGUUCUACCCAACAGCCUGAGGGAGGGAAUUCCCUCCGUUUUUUUUGGUCGCCCUAAAUCGAGGAUUUCAAAAACCUCGGAAGAUGGAAAGAACCUUCGUCACCCACAAUUCUUUAGCGGUAACGAACAAGAAGUGUUGAUCGCGAGACGUUUUGAGAUAAUGACAAACAUUUGCUCAUUUAAUGACAGGUUAAGUGGGAAGGAGGUUAGAGAGCACUGUUUUCUUUUUUCUUUGUCAGUUUAGAGAGAAGAAGCAGCGUCAUUCUGUGAAGUGGACUUUUCCUUUUUAAGUGUUUUGACUUUUGGAUUCCCAGACGUGGGACAACUUUUUCCUUUGGUGCAGUUGUGUUCGUGAAUAGUAUCUCAUAAUGGGAGAUUUUUUUCUUUAAUAAUGUUCAUAAUGGGAGAUUUUUGUAUCCUGAAAGAGGAUAAGUUUGGGUAUUUAAAAUAUGGAAGUAUUUUUUUUUUUAAUUCUUAAUACCUGCGUAGCACGGCGCCACGAUCAUGAAUUCGUUUCGUCCUCCUUUUCAAUAAUCCUAAUUAUUCCUGCUCUACAGACUUCUAAAGAAUUCUAACUUUGGACUCCAGCGCUUCGUCUUUUGCAGUCCUAAUCACAAGCCACCAGAAGUCAUAUACUGCCAAAGCUCCCGGCGUUAAAUAAGGAACUUUUCAGACUUGUACUUCAAUCGCGUGAUCCGUAGCACUCUUUUCGCGCGUUCCCAACUCGACAUAACAGCGCAGACGAUGCUAAACUAACUAUAGUAGAUUCACAUCAACCGUGCAUGUGAUGCCUAGGCCAGUCCCUUGCGACGCUCCUGAUUGGCUGUUGAUAAGCCAAUAACAGGGCUGGAAACGCUCAGCCUCCCUCGAGAGUUCACUGGUAGGAUCUGUGUUCCACCCCUCCUGAGGGAUAAGCCUUUCAAAAGUAUCCCUCAGGAGAGGUGUACACAUUCAUCCUGCCUAUGUGAACUCUCGAGAGAGACUGAGAUUUUCCAGCCCGGUGAUUGGCUUAUCAACAGCCAAUCAGGAGCGUCGUUAGGGACGGGCCUAGACAUCACAUGCACGGUUGAUGUGAAUCUACUAUAGCAGCUGCUGUGUUGACACGAGAUAUAACAUACUGCCCCAAGAAAUUCCAGACGUUUGUAGCCCAGACACAGCCACAAAUAAUCUUUUACAAUGACAACUGACGUUCAAAUGACCGACAUCUGUGACUCCCAACCGCGAUUACACGAUCCAGGUGGGAAUCGUCUCUAUUCCCGAAUUCGAGAGACGACUCAAUAAGCGUUGGAGAACUCCCACUGACUCUUCUCGCCAUCGGGUCGGAUUCGUGACAUCUGCACGAAUCACGAAAUGUUGUUUUAAGAUGGUGAAUAAAAGGAGUUAAAAGGAAAAAAAAAAGGACGCGAAUCAAAAGCGGUGAUCGUGAUUCAGAGGAUAGAAAGAUGGAAUCGCCCGCUCAAGUCUCAUAGAAAUAAGCGAGAAGUUGCAAUAUGCAGGAUGCUUUUCCCAUUUCUUUGCGAAGGACUUUGCAAGAUGGAAUCCGCUGUGGUAUCACGCUUAAACACUUAUUCCAGUUCGCCUCAUGAAUCUACUACCAUUUUUUCUCGGUCCGUCUUGUUUUUCGUCUCUUGGUCGUCAAUGCAGUUAAAGUCGUACCACAGUGCUAGUUGUCCUUGUCUGUGACGUAGAGUAUAUUUAAGCACACCUCCAGAGGCCUGUAGAACGCAACAUUAUCAAUAAUAUAAUCGCUUGACAACUUCGAACAAAAUUCAUUGUAUCUUCCGCAUGAACAUAUUUUUGUUCACCCAAAUAACAUUCAAGUCUAUAUUUCUUCUAUAUCUGCCUCGCUUGACGUCUAUAUAGCCAUGUUUAUUUUUCUCUCUCACGGGGAGUGCUCAAAUGUAUCCUCUAUAUGCUGAUUAUAAAGAAUUAAGAUAAUGGUGAUUAUGAAUCAAAGUGAGACCGCUGGGCGUGACACGAAGGUUUUUUUGAAAUAUCACAACUCGUAUUAUUUCUUUGAUAUGCCUUAGGCAAAUAGGAAAAAAUAUCAGAGAUUUAAUCGGCUACUCCUUAGUGUCUUUGAAGUUUGUUUAUUCCUGUUAUCAAGGCUUAUAAAAGCCAUUUGAAUAUAUAAAACAAAUAAAUCAUUCUCUGAUUUAUUAAACGCAUUUUGACGAUAGAAUUAAUUACUCGGCAUCUAGGGGUUAAAACGUCAUUCUAGGAUGUUUGAACAGAACUGUUGAAGAAUUCUAGACACUAAAACAACGUUCAUUUGAUCGAAUUAACUUGCAGACUCGAUCAGACUUCGUUCGCAAGCGAUAUGUUGAGCACCCUCAGUGGAGUGAUCGGUAUGGUCUUGGCCUGCCACCUCGGUGGCCGCGAGUUCAAUUCUCGGGCAUUCCAUUGCGGUGUUAGAGAUGUGUAUUUCUGGUGAUAGAAGUUCACUCUCGACGUGGUUCAGAAGUCACGUAAAGCCGUUGGUCCCGUUGCUGAAUAACCACUGGUUCCAUUCAACGUAAAAACACCAUACAAACUAUAUUCUAAUUCAGUUUAUCAUAAUGAAAACUCCUUUUCGUCACUUCAGUGGUCCGUGAACUAACCCUAUCAUAAACUAUGGUAAUGAUUAAUGUACAUAUGCAUUUGUAAUAACCACAAUGGCCUCUUUUUCAAGUUCUCGAGUUUCAAACCAUCUCAGCUCAUCCAAAAAGAGUGAAGAAAUGGGGAGGUUGAAGGAGGUCUUUGUUGGCUGUUACAAACACAUACUCUACAUCUGCUAAAAGUGACCAGUAGAUUCUAUAUAUGUAUACACAUAUAAAUAUAAAAUACAUAAUUUCAUUCACGUUUUUUUUUAUUAUGGUUAAUAUAUAUAAAUAUAUGCUGCAAAGUGCCCCGCGUCAGAAACUUGUGAUAAUAUAACUCGCAUGCGUUUAAAAGUGAAAAAAAAUAAAAGCUUUGUUAUUUUUUUCUCUCUCUCUCUCUCUCUCUCUCUCUCUCUCUCUCUCUCUCUCUCUCUCUCUCUCUCUCUCUCUCUCUCUCUCUCUUUUACGCCUAAUCUCUUGGAAGGUAGAUGAUCGGCUAUGAGUGUACCUACUUCGAAUAGGCCUAUUUGUAAGAAGGAAAACUUGACAUGCAAUAAUAGGCAGAUGUUGCAAAAAUCGAUUUUUAUGUUAAUAUAUAUAUAUAUAUAUUUUUAGUUCACGACAAUCGCAUAAUAUGUCCUUAUAUCUAAGCAUGGCGUUUAGUUUUGUGAACUACGACACAUUUAGAUUUUGUGCGUGCUAAUCAUAAAUGAUAAGAUUUUGCAAACGUGUAAGACUUGAGCCAUUUGAAAUAUUUUGCAUCAGAUUUUACAGUCAAGUCUAUUGCAUAUUUUUGUAAAUUACCACUUAAGCGUUCUUUUGAAUUAGACCCUGUGCAUUCUUUAACUCUUAAAAGGAAAAAAUACCAAUUUAGCUUAGGAAUAUCAGGUUUAAUCAACACAUAAAAAAAAAAAGCAUUUCUGAUCAAAUAGCCUCUCUUCUAUUUAGACAAAUUGACUGCUGAGCUAAAGCUUUUAUUUAUAGCAGACGCUUAUUAUUAUAAUGCUGUAUUAGUAUAAUCUGUGACGAACAAAGAAUAAUCAUAUGCUAAUGAAUUCCAGGAUGAAAGAUAAUUCAUUAUAUGCUUGCUCAGUGCAGUAGCUUUUUAUGAUAUAUACAAGCACAGUAUUGGCUACAGAAUGUGAAAUUAAAUCCUUUUGUUGGAGGUAGAUCAUUUAUUGAUGGGAAAUAUGAGUAAAUCACUGGUUUAAUGUGUAUAAGUAAAUCAUUUAUUGAUAAAGUUAAUCAUUUAUCGAAGGAAAGUAUAAGUACAUCACUUGAUUUAAUGUGUAAUAGUAAAUCAUUUAUUGAUAAAGUAACCCAGUUAUUUGGGUAAUGUAUGAGUACAUCAUUUAUUGAUAAAGUUAAUCAUUUAUUGAUGGAAAGUAUAAGUAAAUAAUUUUUUUUAUAAAAUAAAUCAUUUAUUGAUGUAAUGUGUGAGUACAUCAUUGCUGAUAAAGUAAAUUUAUAAACAUGAGUAAAUCAUUUGUUGACAAAGUAACCAAUUUACUGGUGUAAUGUAUGAGUAAGUCAUUUGUUGGUUAAGUAAAUCAUUUAUUGAUAUACUUAAUGUAUUAAGUAAAUCAUUCAUUGCCGUCAUGAUUUGCUGAAGCUGAAGAGGAGGAGGAGAAGGAGAAGGAGUCUAAGCAGUGAGUGUUCGCAAAUGAUUUUCAGUCUUGUUCACUUAUCGUUUAUACAUUUUUAAAAGCAUCCCACCGCUUACACCAGAUAGCCAAGCCUACUGCGGAAGUUAAAAAAAAAAAAAAGGAGUUUUAAAUUUGCCAGAAAGUAAUUGAAAAAUGUUAAGCUGCUUUCUUUCUUUCGCCCUUUGCUUUGGUAAGUUUUAUUCAAGUACAGGAUGUCCACAAAGUCCCAGCACCAUUCUGAGCAAUAAAUGCUUGUAAUGGUACUGGGACUUUAUGGACACCCUGUAUUAGCUACGGUCAUGUCAUACUCAUUGGUUGCACAUUUCCUUUCGAGCAAAAGCACGAUCAAGCAAUGCUCAUAAUAGCAUGAGUCUUGAAAUGGAACAAGAUAUCCACUGGUAUGUUUGGAUACAAAUAUUUAAAGAUAAAUCUCUACAGGUUCGUUUUUAAAUGUAUUCUACAUAACUGUGGAUCUGUAACUCCAACAUUCACGAUUAUGAGACGAAUAGAAGUUUGAGUCAGUUUUUUUUUUUUUCAAUUGACCUUUUUUUUUUUAACCAAACCUCACGAUUAUGUGACGAAUAGAAGUUUUUUUUUCAAAAUUCACGAUUAUGUGACUUUUUUUUUUUUUUUUCAUUUUUAAAGGUGUCAAAGAGUCUUUAUUGUUUGGCCCUUGGUGAAUCCACGACUCCAUUCCGAUGCUUCUUAUUCAUGAACCCCCCGGGCUAUGGUGGAAACUUUUGGGUGUUUUGGUUCGAGUACAAACUUCUAUUUAAGAUUUACCCGUUGUCUCUGGUGUUCAUACUUCGUAAAAUCGACUCUUCAAAAAAAAAAAAAAAAAAAAAAGGCUGCUGGCGUUUUCAUACCUUUCUUCGAACUUUCGAUCAAACGAUAAAAAACAGAAAAAACUUUUAAUCAAACCUUUCCUUUCCAUAUUGAUGCACGUAUUCAGGUAUAUUCCCUUUUGUCGAAUGUUAUUGAUAACACAGUUAUCUACCACAGUCAUUCCGAAGCUUGAUCUGACUUGUAUCACUGUACAUAUAUAUUAUAUAUCAAUGUGUUCACGAUCCGUUUCAGAAAGAGGUUGUUUUAAUGCUUCAACGCCUUGUCCUAGAUCAAUCAACAGCUCGUAGUGUUGUCUUGCUAAAAUAAAAACAUAAAAAUAAAUAGAAAAAAAGGGUUUUAGCUAUUACUGCUCGCUCUCUCUCUCUCUCUCUCUAUUCAGGCCACAAAGAGAUGUUUAUAUUUUCCACCCCACAGUUGUAGGAGAAUGGCCCUUUCCACUCCACCUGCCCCCCCCCCCCAAAGCCCCCCCCCCCCCCCCCCGCCCCCCCCCCCCCCCCCCCCCCCACGUCCCCUCUAAUCGGAAGAAUGACGACCCGUUUUAUUCGGUUAUUAUCGAGGACAAUCCGUUGCGAUCGGCGAGCAAUCCUUUGGUCCCUCACCCCAACCCCCGAAAGCACAUAAGGUCCCGUCUUUUGUUAUGGCAGCCACGGGAGGAAGUAGAAGUAGGCCUCACCCUCUCGGUUGGGUUAGGCACACUUGGCCACUCCAUCUAUUAGUAGACUUCUCUAUGUGCUUCAUACUAUUUUUUUUCCAUUAUUUCAAUCUGUUUUGUAUGAAUUUUAACGAGCGUCAAUACUGCCAUGACAGAACGCGCCUCUGAAGUCCAGUUAAGAGUUGGUUGCAUGGCGACCAACGCGGAUUAUGAUAAUCAAGUUUAAUCUUUGGUUCCGUGAAAACCGCCAGAAGGGUCCCUUAGUGAAAUCAUUCGACAAAGUCUAUGAAUAUGUUUAGCGUACUUCAUAUUCUCUCAAGAAUAUCCUCCCCUGGCACACCUGGGCCACACACGGCGAAGGUGUACUUUGUGGCGAAGUACCUUCCAGGAAAAGGAGAAACCUGAUGUUUGUUAAUAUUUGUUGUCAAGACAUAAUAAUGAUAAUUAUAAUAAUGAUAAUGCUAAUUUGUAAGAGUUCCUUUGUGAGAAUCUGAACUGAUCAAAAAAACGAUAUUUUUCAUACUUUUCAAAUGUUCUUUUUUGUACUUCUUUUUUUAUUUUUUCUUUACGCGUAAUAUGUAGUGAGAGGAGUUUUGUGUUAGAAGAGAAGAGUUUGCUUGAAAUAAUAAAUAUGAUAAUGGGAACACUUUUUAGUCAUAAAAAUAUACAAAAGAAGACAAAAAAAAUAAUAAUGAUAAUGGCAUAAAGUGUAUAUUCAUUCUUUUCGAACAAUACAACUCUCAAGUAUUAUAUAUAUUAUUAUACCCCCAAAUGAUUUCAUAUUUGUUAUAAACUAGGUCCAUACUUUGACAGGCUUUUGCAUGUAUAUAAUAUAAAUAAUAUAUAUCGUUAAACAGAAUGUCUACAGCUCUGUUUUACAUUGAUUUAUAAAGCAUUGUGUAAAAAUAAUAAAAAAAAAACUCAUUACGUUUUUGUAUAGGAUACUCAGAACACUUUAAGCCCUUGUGUGUUUUUUCUGACCUUUUGCUGUUAUUCAAAACAGUGGUAUGAGUGAGAAGAUAUUAUAAGUCUGUCUUUUCUCUCUCUCUCUCUCUCUCUCUCUCUCUCUCUCUCUCUCUCUCUCUCUCUCUCUCUCUCUCUCUCUCUGAAUGCUUUUUAUUUUUUACUGGUGGUUUCCUGUUAUCAUACUCUCUCUCUCUCUCUCUCUCUCUCUCUCUCUCUCUCUCUCUCUCUCUCUCUCUCUCUCUCUCUUUUCAAAGAAAAAGCAAAACCUCAUAUAUGUCUCUGUUCAUCUCUGCCCAUUCUCCCAGUCUUUAGUAAUUAAGGAACUUUUUCAAUAUUUUCAAAAUAAUGUCUACUUUUUAUAUUCAUACUUGUGCAAUAAUUUGUUACCAGACCUAUGCACCGUGUGUUGUGAGAACUGUCGAUAUGUUAGCGACAAUUCCCCACUUAUUAGGAAGGGCUAACUGUCGCUCCGCCAGCGCCAAUUCCUCUCCUAUUAGAGGCGGAAACUGUCGCUCUACUAGCGGCAAUUCCUCUCUUAUUAGAGGAGGAAAUUGUCGCUCCGCUAGCGGCAAUUCCUCUCCUUCUAGGUGGGGGAAACUUGUCGCUCCGCUAGCGCCAAUUCCUCUCCUGUUAGAGGGGAGCUUUUGGUAGCCUCAUUCAUUUUCUGCUAGGGAGAGAAACACUACAUGUUGUUUUUUCAUGGAAUCUCCAGCCUUAAGGCGUCUGCGAAUUAGGCUCACUGUUCCCUGCAAGUGUCUUUGUGUAGCCUAACGAGAAGAAACAAAUAAUAAUAAUAAUAAGAAGUUGUUUUUGUGUCAGCCGCUGGGAAGUAGAGACGCAAAUGUUUAAGUUUUGUUUCGGAAUUUGCAGUAGCCCGUAUAGUUAACUAUUCUAGCGACAGCUUGUAUGACAAGUAUUACUACUACCACUACUACUAAAUGAGUAUUUAAGUGACAGCAUUUCCGGUUGUCUAGAGCGCUCUCUCUCUCUCUCUCUCUCUCUCUCUCUCUCAUUGUACAUCUCUUGCAAGUAGCCAGAGCCUGCAUUCUCCACCCCCUAAGGCUGGUCCGUUCCCGUCUCUAUGUUACUAAUUACCAGACGAUGCUAAACCUCCCUUAAACAACCCUUCGAGAGAAUGAAAAAGAAGCCAUUAAACCUAACCAAGUCUGCAUUUAAAUAUGACUAACCCAAAAUGAUGAUAAAAGAAGAAAAAAAAAAGACUGUUCAUUGUUGUCCGUUAAAUAAUUCUAUAGUUUUUGAAACACGACCUUUCACCAGAGGGUUAAAUAACACUUGAAUAUUUCACUUCCAACCCUUAAAUCUCACCAGAUAAUUCAUUUUCUUGUACAUUGUAAAGUUGGUUUCACCUUUGUAUAUAUAGUAUAUACUGUUCAAAUGUCCUUUUAUUUUUUAUUCUGUUCAUUUCACUAUUUAAACAUGAGACUCCGAGGGUCUGAGAUGUAGAAGUAACGAAGACAAAUUUGUAAGGAACGAAUAAAGCUUACUGCAAAUGUCUCACUGCCCACUGACAAUCCUUCGGUAGUUUUUUCCCCAAGAUAUGAAGUUCGUAACGUCACGUCACAGGAACUGGAACCUCGUGACUCAUCUCAAACAGUUGCAUCAUCACUGGGAAGACCAACAACUGCAAAGGACAGUUCAGGAACGGAGGAAAAUGAUAAUACGAACCUAUUUAAGUGUAAAGGUAUCCCAGAAGAAGUGUUUGAAUGUCACGUAUAAAGAGAAACACCUGAAAGGUGUCUUUGUUGAUACCAUUUCCUUCUCGUCUUUUCUUACGGGUGUUGGGGAUCACUCACGAGUGAUGUCACUCAGGGUCCCUCCCCUCCAUUUAAAGCCCUCCCCCCCACCCCACCACACAUUCAAAUUCUCGCACCAUUUUAAAAAUAUCUAACGCGAAGAGAUACGUGUAUAUGUAUACACAUAUACACAAUUAUUUCAAUGUGGUGGCAAUUACAAAAAUAACUUUCAUUAACCAUUAUCAUGUUUUAAUCUAAAAGAAAAAAAAGAAGCACACUCACAUCCCGAAACAUUGGAUUUCCCAUAAAUUUAAAUUGCAUUUGAACCUUAAAGAAAUAAAACUAAGAAUUUAAAGAAGGGUUUCUAAAUGGAGGUUUGGCAACGGUCUCGUAGUUUCUUCUUUAAAAAAAACGCCACCUGUUCUAGACAGUCCAAUAAACAGGUAGAUUAGAAGGAAAACCCGUUGUUUAUUAUAAUAUUCAUGUUGUAAA